UUCGACGCGAUUGAAAUGGCCUGGCCGUAUUUCCUGGACUGCGACCGCUUCUUUGUGGACGAAGCGGAAGGAUGCUUCAAUCCGCUGGAGAAGCUGCGAGGGGAAAUAGAAUUUGCCGAGGAGGCCCUGAGGGAAGCGCCGGCCUCCAUUCGGUUCGCCCACCACUCCUUCCCACAAAUGGUGAAAGUUCUGAAGAAGGUGGUCUCCAGAUGUCCCCACAUCGCCCGGUUGUCCAGCAUUGGACGCAGCUUUGAAGGGAAAGACCUCUUCGUGGUUGAGUUCUCCACCAGCCCCGGGAACCACGAACUGCUCAAACCGGAAGUGAAGUAUAUUGGCAACAUGCACGGAAACGAAGUGGUGGGGCGCGAGAUGUUGAUCUACCUUGCCCAGCAUCUGUGCUCUGAGUAUCUCCUGGGCAACGCCAGGAUCCAGACCCUGGUCAACCACACUCGGAUCCACCUCCUGCCUUCCAUGAACCCAGACGGAUACGAACUGGCCGCCGAAGAGGGCGCCGGCUAUAACGGGUGGAACNUCAACGGGAGGCAAACAGCUCAGAACCUCGAUCUCAACAGGAAUUUCCCAGAUUUGACCUCUGAAGCUUACAGACUGGCAAAGAUCCGAGGGGCUCGGAUGGAUCACCUCCCUAUUCCACAAUCUUACUGGCUGGGCAAGGUGGCCCCAGAGACCAAAGCAGUGAUGAAAUGGAUGAAGUCCGUGCCGUUUGUGCUGUCCGCCAGUCUGCAUGGGGGCGAUUUAGUCGUUUCUUAUCCUUACGAUUACUCCGUCCACCCUACGGAAGACAAGAUGUUUUCUCCAACCCCGGAUGAGAAGAUGUUCAAGCUCCUUUCUAAAACCUACGCAGACGCGCAUCCCGGCAUCUCGGACAAAUCAGAAAUGCGUUGCGGUGGAAAUUUCGUGAAACGGGGAGGCAUCAUCAACGGAGCUGAGUGGUACAGCUUUACCGGAGGAAUGGCAGAUUUUAAUUAUCUCCACACAAACUGUUUUGAAAUUACCUUGGAGCUUGGAUGCGAGAAGUUCCCUUUGGCUGAUGAGCUGUAUAAACUGUGGCAAGAGAACAAGGAGGCACUUUUGAAAUUCAUGGAAAUGGUUCAUCGUGGCAUAAAAGGAAUUGUAUCCGACAAAUUUGGAAACCCAAUCAAGAACGCCCGGAUUUCGGUCAAAGGCCUCCGCCACGAUAUUCUUACAGCGGAUGACGGAGAUUAUUGGAGACUUCUGCCCCCUGGGACCUACAUUGUGAGUGCCCAGGCCAGGGGCUACAGUAAAGUCCUAAAGAAGGUGACUCUGCCUGCAAAGAUGAUAAGAGCCGGUCGGGUCGACUUCAUCCUGCAAGCCCUCAACGGAAAGUUUAGAAAACUUCCCGCGAGACGACCCUAUGACCCUCUGGAAGACUUUGAUCCUCAUGCCCGGACAGAGCUAAGAAAGAACGGAGAGCGAUCGGUCGGGCCAAGAGAGAAGCCUUGGUGGUGGCCAUAUUUCAGUUCUCUGAAUCAGCAGAAACCUUUGUGGUUGCUGAAGCAGAGCUGAACUAUUUUAUCCUGCGCCCGUCCCCGGCUACGCUGGUGGUUCCCAGGGGCGUUUCCAUUGCUACCUGGCCUGGAACUGGAAUGGAAUGGGACUCUGUUGAUCUAACAUGGCUUCUCUUUUC